AUGGAGAGUAAGCCUCAGACUACGAUGGGCUUCAGGAGCAUGUCCAUUGGCCCUUUUCGGGUGUUAAAGUGGCCGGAAGUGCCAGGGGAACUGGGCCGUGGUAAGCUUAACGCCAUGACAUUGAGGAAGAGAACUGACACAGCAAGAGAAGCUCACACGCUGCAAGCUGCAGCCGGAGGAAUUGGUGUGCCAUUGCUGCACUGGUUUGAAACCAUUGAUGGGAAGGAUGUCAUGGUUACAGACACGUACGGGCCGACGCUGGAUGAGGUUUUCUGUCGAUCCGGCCGUUAUUUCAGCCUGCAGAGCCUUCUUAUUUUGGCAGACCAAUUGUUGUCCCGGGUGGAGUUCAUCCACUCUAGGAAUAUCAUCCACGGCAAUCUCAGCCCCCUAUCAUUUGCGUUCGGUCGUGCAGAAUGGCAGAAGCAGCAGGUCAUCCUGGUUGAUCUCGGGACUGAGGUCGUUCCAGCUCCCACGGUUCGCAAUGAUCUUCAGGCAAUCAGCCGCAUUCUAUCAUAUUUUUAUAGUGGGGCAGAGUCCUGGGAGCAGUAUCAACAGCGACAAGGUCUAGAGACCACCGCACCUGUCUUGACGAGGUUCUCUGCCGCGGUUGCUUCGCGCGAGACUAUUGAUUACGGCAUGCUUCGAGAUAUCUUCUACGACGCAUAUCAUGACAUAGUCCUGCAUCUUGAAAUUGUAAUGAAUCUGAGAGGCCCCCGAUUUAUAGGGGACAGUAAGGUGCCGAGAAUGGGCGCGCUUGCUGGGAAGGAGACCACAGAUCUCUUCGAAAGCCUCGACUCUGCUCUCUCGCAUAUUGGGCAAUUGAGUGGAAACUUUACAUUGGCCUUGCCUUUCCGAGCGUGGUCAGAAUUACUGGAUGUCCUUGAGGAGGUGCUGCAGAUUUACAUGACCCUAAUUACUAGGGAUCGACCAUCAGCAGAGAAGAGAAUGCAUGCAAUGGGUGCAUAUCAUUUGCCAAAUCGGCUCUGGAGAGACCUACGUUGGUUCCUCAAAGUGACCGCCAACCUGCCCAGAUCUUUCCAACUUUCAGUGACUGCUAAACUUUACCACUAUUUGGCAGUACUGUACGAAGUCGUCCCAUCAUAUAGGUUAUACUGGGCCGAAUAUCUUCUGUUUCUGGCCCGCGCAAGGAAAGACCUGGAGCCCGCUUGCGGAAGGCCCGCUUGGACUCAGACGGUCUUCUUCUGGCAAGAAGCCUGCAAUAUGCUCAAGGCCGAAAGUAACGUCCCUAAUCUGCGGUGA